ACCAACGCAGCGCAGUAGUGUCGGUGCUUCUUUUGAAUGUUUAAUGUGUUAUAAUAAAUACCACUGUGAUGAGGCAUGCAUCCGUAUGGAUGUGUAUCCUGCUGACAUUCUACAACCUGCAAGCAACGUCACUGGCAGCCAUCGUACCACCGCCAUGGAGCGAUCCGAACAAAAACCCCUGCGCUACGCAACCGGGCGGUUGGCAGCUACUGUACUGGCCCCCACUGAAACGAUGCUUUAAAAUAUUCCAACUUGGUUAUCCAUGUCCCGAUACGAUGGAGCUCAGUCCGGUUGGGGCCGGUUCGACGGGACUCGGUUCUACGGCUGAAUGUCGAUGUCCACCGGGAACCGCCCAAUCACCGCUAACCAAGAAAUGCCACAAACUCUUCGAACGGGGUCCGUGCGAGUUUGGCCAGUACUUUGCACCGAUUGCCGAUUCGGCUGGAAGGAGUGCCAUACCAAAACAACGCUGGGGUGUCUGCAAGUCGACGGAGAUCUGUGACAGCGGCAUGAUCUAUUGGCCACAGGACAACAAAUGCUACCAGAUACACACCAAAGGCCCUUGCCCCAAGGGAAAGCUCAUCAGUUUAGAUAACAACGGGAUCGCACGGUGCAAGUGCGAAAAUGAAGGCGACCUUAGUAAUUACUUCCACGAGGAUACCGAAACAUGCCAUGAGUUCUUCACCAAAGGACCCUGCCUCGGUACGGGCGAACUGUUUCUUCCCUCACGAAAGUGUGCCUGUCACGAACGGUUACCGCAUUACCACAACGAAACCAAUCAGUGCUACGAACUCGGCACAAUUGGACCCUGCCCCUUUGGGCAUACGUUUAUUGUCGCGGAUAGCAAACGCCAAACGGACGGGUCUACCAGCGGCAUGAAAGCGGAAUGCCGCUGUAAGGAUGGAUACGUCCAGUGGAAGGAUGGCUACUGCUACAAACUCUACACGCAAGGACCGUGUGAGUUCGGUUCAUUCGUCACGGAAACAAAUGUAUGUUCGAUCAAUCCGUGCGAAAAGGGACGACUGUACUUCCCGCAAGAGAAAACAUGCUACAGGAUCGGUUCCCAAGGACCCUGCAGCUUGCAUCAGGUGGUUAUAUUUGACUUCACGUCACGCCCAUCACUUGACGGUAUAUCAUACAACGGUAUGUGCGGCUGUUCCGGUGUGAUCUCCAAUCUCGAUCAAUCCUGCACGGAUGAAGCGGAUCAAAUACCGCAAAGUGCUUGUGACAGUACGCCCGAAAUGGUUGAGGUUAAUCGCCAGUGCUACAAACUUUACACCCGUGGACCAUGUGGGCCCGGUCAGUGGCUAGAGCCGAAGAAGAUACCGACCCGAAUAAGAUCAGCGGCCUGUGUGUGCCGGCCGGGCUAUACACCGUACGAGCAGCCGCUCGCCAAUGGAGUUAUUGGCUGUCAGGCGCCCAGUGUUGGCAUUGCCAGGUACUUAAACCAACGGCGGCAUCUACACUCGCGAGCUCCUGGAAACCUUACACUUCCUUUAUCCUAACCUU